UAAUGUGUAAUACAAUUACCUUGGUCGAUUUUUAAUUAUUAGAUAAUAAAAUGUCACUCAAACGUGGCCGGUAAAAUUCAAAUCAAUGUGUCGAUUACAUCACUUCAGCAAACAAGCACGGCGCUCGAUGUUGCUCGCAUAAAGCCAAUUUUAUGAAGAUAAACAACUUGCUCGGGAUAAAAACACUUAUUCAAAAAUGAAUACAAGCAGAAUAACUAUAACUCAGGGGAACACAGAUAAAAACGAUGGUCAAACGAAGGCAUCUAUUGCGUGCAAUACGGUACUUGGGCUUUGGGCGAUCUUCGGGAACACCAUCAGUCUUGUCAUCUUCCUCAAAACGAAAAGUCUCCGAAGGCGAAGAUCAAACUACCUACUCGUCAAUCUGUGCAUCGCCGAUCUCCUUGUCGGUAUCUACUGCUUGUUUCACGCUAUUUGUUCUCUGGGAGCGCUACCCUCAUGGCGUAUUCAUGACGCCUUUUGUAUUUUCGUUUUUCCUAGUUUUGCUGUCUUCUCAAUUUUUUUAUCGGUCAAUUUUCUUGCCGCUGUAUCGGUGGAGCGUCUUGUUGCAGUCGCCUUUCCGUUCUAUCAUCGCGCAACGGGUAAGACAUUUUACGGUCUCCUGAUCGGGACUCCUUGGCUUCUCGCCGGUAUUAGUACAGUGACAAUAGUGUGCUUUCCUGCCCCAGUUAUCGAUAUCUCAAUUACCUUUGUCGUUGUCUACGUCUUCUUGCCUCUUUUGAUAAUGUCUGCUGCCUACACCGUCAUCAUGAUCAGAUCCAGGGCGAGUCAUAUCAACGGACACGGAGCCCGUGAAAGAUUGCGUGAUAAGAAGCUUGCCGUCACGCUUCUCAUUGUCACGCUGGCGUCACUAGUUACAUGGAUGCCCUUUCGUUUUUACUGGGCCAUACUUAUCUUAGAUUUCCCGCUUUAUAAUUAUACUGUAAACAUGGCUCUCUCUUUUCUCCAAUCUUCCAACUCUUGCAUUAACAUCGUUGUGUACGCCUGGAGGAUUCCUGAGUUCAGACAGAUUCUGUUUAGGCAUAAACCUGUUGCGACCAAUGUGCAAGGUAGAGCGAUAAGAAUGGAAUGCAGAACAGACGUCAAGGCACGCUAGGUGAGCCAAUAGAUAUGCACCAUAUGCAGCGGGGAGAACAUACCCAAACACACGUGCAAUUGGACGUCAAAACUGACUGAGCGAUUUUUUUGGAAUAAGACAACCUGGAAAUACUUUAAUUUCCCUAUUAUUUGGACGAUUCACCGUCGGGCAAGUAGAGUAGGUACAAAAACAUUGUAUGCAGCGUGGAAAAUUAUUAUUAGACAGAAAUUACCAUUAGGUUAUAGAAAGGAGAAAUAAUUGUACAUGCAAUUCUUUUCCUAUUUAUUGGUAAAAAUAAA